AUGUCGUCAGUUUCGUAUCCUGGCUCAGAGGCCCUAGUCUCUGUCAAAGUGACAUACGAUGGCGGCUCUCGCCGCGUCAAGAUGCCACUUCGUGAGAUGGUUCCUCAUGUCCUCGAAAAACAAAUUCGCGUCUUUUUGCAAAUCCCCGCUGAUUCCAAGAUCAUGAUCGAGCGCUAUUCCGACUCAGCCGCGGCCUUCGUCAUGCUCGAUGCCUCCAACAUGUCUGUCUACAAGCAGCUCUACAGAGCCGCCAAAGCAAAGUCAAAACUCAAGCUUCGUGUUUCUCUUCUGCCUCAGAGUCACACGACGCCUGCCAAACCCGCCGCGGUCGAGGACGCUCCCGAGACCGUCUCAGCUAGCCCCGUCGACAAGCCCAUGCCUGACAACAGCAGCCCCAUCCCUUCGGCUACCGCUAGCUCCUCGUCUACUUCCAUUUCCAGGCAAUACGAUGCGAAUCUGCUGCAGGAAGCUGCCAAGCUCAUCCAGGGUGGUCAGCUCGAAUUUGACAACCGUCUCAAACAAAUGAUCAAGUCCACCGAAGAACUCACUUCCCAACUGGCAAGCUGUCAGCCAUUUACUACGACUCCUGCCGCCCCAUGGCUUCCCGGGCCUCCUCCCCUAGCUUGCCCUGCUAGCCGUGCCAUGUUUGCAGUGUGCUGCAACAGCUGCGAGAACAACAUCCCUGGUGCUCAUUACCACUGCUCUACAUGCGACGAUGGUGACUUUGACCUCUGCCAGGAUUGUGUUGAAGGAGGCGUCACAUGCCGCGGCGACGACCACUGGCUGAUCAAGCGCACCGUGAACAACGGCCAAAUCGUCAACAGCACAACCGAGACCCUUGCUCCAAAGCCCAAGGUCAAGUCUGCGGCUAAGCCUGCGUGCUCAAAGCCUGCUGAUGCCAUCACUGUCGGACCCCCCAGCGCGUGUUUGAAGCCUGCUGACGACAUUACUGUUGGACUGCCCAGUGAUACAGUCGAAGAGGUUCCUUGCUUCCCGUCUCCCGCGCCUGCUGUGCCUGCUGAUGAUAUCACUGGCGGGCUCCCCAGUGACACGGCCGAAAAGGUUCCUGCUUCCGAGACUUGCUUCCGGGCACCCGCGCCUUCUGUUUUUGAUGAGCGCGCAAAUGAGUAUGGAACACCUCCUUGUACGCGCUGGACGGUUUCGGGUGACGUGCGCACUUGCAAUCAGUGCGUGAGAGAACUGCCGGAGCAUGAGUUUCUUCACUGCACUACGUGUGAGGACUACGAUCUGUGCCAACCAUGCUUCGCCAAAGAUGCCCACGGGCACCACCCCAAGCAUGGAUUCGCACCUGCUGUUCCGGGAACUCCACUGCUCACGCACGUUCGAGUAAAGAUGAACCCUGGCCGCAACCAGGCCCAUCACGCCAUUUGUGAUGGCUGCGAGACAUACGUCACUGGUAUUCGCCACAAAUGCCUCGACUGCCCAGACUGGGACUACUGCACCGAGUGUGCUCAGAAUGCUGACUUUGUGCAUCCCGGUCAUCGAUUCGCACCCAUUUAUGAACCGCUCACCGAUGUUUAUGCAUCUGCUGCGGCUCAACCCGUUCAUAUGGGUAUCUGCUGUGACGGGCCGCUGUGCAGCAGCACCACCCACCCGACUUCUUACAUACGAGGGAUCCGCUACAAGUGUGCCGUGUGUCAUGACCUGGACUUUUGCGCCAACUGUGAGGCCAGCCCAGCCAAUGACCAUAACAAGACUCACCCACUCAUCAAGUUCAAAACUCCGGUCCGACACGUUAGUGUGACCACCUCUGGAGAGCGCCAAGAUGGCAAGCGCAUGCCUGCCAUGGGCGACCGUUUGAGCACCCUUGCCAACGUGGCCGAGUGGGUGGCUGCACCGUCCGAAAAUGCUCUCCAUGCCGUCAGAACUGUUGUGGACGUUCAGCCUGUCUACCCAACCGUCCCACCUGCCAGCCCUGCAAAGGAGCCAAGCACAGAACCCCAGACUUUGGCGGCUCCCGCCGUGAAGCCAGAGCUCAAGGAGGAAGACUUGCGAGCUGUAUUCCUCCGGGAUUCUGUUGCCGAUGGGACCCUCUUCCCUCCAAACCAUGUGUUUGAGCAAACCUGGGUUCUUCGAAAUGAGGGCACAGCGACCUGGCCCGCUGGAUGCUCCGUCAAGUUUGUUGGCGGCGAUUAUAUGGGCCAUGUUGACUCUGCCCACCCGGCCGGUAUUUCUGAGCUCGUCUCCGCCUCUGAAUCGACGAUUUGCUAUGCCCCUCUCGCACCGGGACAGGAAUUUGCCUUUACCACACUGCUUCGCACACCGACUCGCCCCGGCAAGAUGAUCUCGUACUGGCGCUUAACCACUCCAGAUGGACUACGAUUUGGACACCGCUUGUGGUGCGAAGUAAACGUCCGCCCUGCAGUCGACCGCGAGGCUAAGCCAAAGACUGUUCCUUCAGCUCCUGCUUCUCCAGCUCCCUGUGUGAUCGAAAUCGAGGACACCGCCGCGUUGACUAGCAGCAUGAUGAUUUUCCCCAAGCUCGACAAAGAAUCUCCAACUGCCAGCAUGCACCAAGAAGCUCCGACUGAUGCGACUAGUGAAGCCACAAAGGAAGAGGUCGACAUCGAGGGUGAAGAUGACGAUUGGGAUGCUUCAGAAGGCGGCUUUAUGACAGAUGAAGAGUACGACAUUCUCGACGCAUCAGAUGAAGAAUUUUUGGAAGAGCAACAGAAGAGGCUGUUGAAGAACUAA